UCAUAGUGUAUGCUCUUUUAGGCUGGUAAGAACAUGAAAAAAAACCUUUAACAUGAAUGCUUUGAACUCAAGUUUAUUACAAAAUGCGUCAUUUGUGCGCCCAGAGUACUUUUUCAUCAGUGGAUUUUCUGGAAUGCCUUUCAGCCAAUAUUACUUUGUUUUCUUAAUUUUUAUUUAUGUUUUUUCACUUUUUGGGAACUCAAUUGUACUUUUCAUGAUAUUAGUUGACCCUUCACUGCAUAUUCCUAAAUACAUGGGGAUCUUUAAUUUGGCUCUGUCAGACUUUGGUGAAACAAAUGCACUGGUUCCUAGCCUUGUGAAGACAUUCUUUUAUGAUUCACAGUACAUAACCUAUGAUGCAUGUUUGACCAACAUGUUUUUUACCUUUUUAUUUUCUGGUGGACAGUCUCUAACUCUAGUUGCGUUGGCAUAUGAUCGCUUUAUUGCCAUUUGCUUACCUCUGAGAUACCAUGCUAUUGUAAGUCCUUCCUUCAUGCUUGCAAUUUUAACAACAAUAUGGAUAUUUAAUAUUGUCUUAAAUUGCACAACGGUGGUUUUAAUUACACGACUUUCAUUUUGCAAAACUAAUGAGAUAAAAAGUUUUUUUUGUGACCAUGGACCAGUUUAUACAAUUGCAUGUAAUGACAACAGCAUAAAUUCUUUUAUGGCAAAAUUAUGUACUGCAAUAUACUUUUAUGCACCAUUUAUUGCCAUAGUCUUGUCAUACUUGGGCAUUCUCUUGACGUUAACUAAGGUCACGACAUGGGAGAGUCGUCUUAAAGCACUCAAAACUUGUAUUUCUCAUCUGUUAGUAGUUGGUAUAUUUUUUCUACCUGUACUGAGUACAUACCUUGCUGCUUUAACUUUCUCUCUCCAUCCUAAUGCUAGGAUAAUCAAUACUUCACUUUCAAGAACAAUUCCACCCAUGUUAAAUCCCAUCAUUUAUGUCUUGAACACAAAGGAUUUCAGAGCCUUUAUUUUAAAAAUGUACAAAAAGAAAGCUACUAUGAUUUCCAAAGUGCAUACUUUGUCAAAAUGA